AUGGAUAUUAUGGAAAUGCAGUAUGGUGGGUAUGAUAAGGUUGGAUUUACAACAAGGGACUUGUAUAAUUUCUGUCGUCGCAAUAAGGUGGAGACAAUUGCUGCUGGUGAUGCUCAAACAAUCAUCAGUUACCUGACAGAGUGCAGACGUAGGGAUCCUGAUUUCUUCUUCGACUACAAGACUGAUGGGAAAGGGCACCUCAAAGGACUGCUCUGGUGUGAUAGUCAAUGUCGGCUUGAUUAUGCAGCAUUUGGUGAUGUCAUCGUAUUUGAUAGCACGACAUUCUCUGAUGCCAUGGUUCAGAAGCAUCCUGUUUCCGUGAUCACUGAUGGAGACCUUGCUAUGCAGAGAGCAAUCGGGCUGGUGUGGCCGAAUUCAUCGCAUAGGCUAUGCAUAUGGCAUAUUGAGCAGAACAUUGUGCGUAAUCUGCAUGUUGAUGGUGUGAAGGCUGAUUUCAGUAAUGAAGCGAAUCUGGACUUUGAAGCAUCAAAUUCUUUGCCAUGCUUAGAACCAGAUGCUUCAAUUAUUGAGAAAGAGGCUACGAAAUCGUUCACACCAAGAAUUUUUGCCAUGGUGCAGUUCAGCAUAAAAGCAGUCAAAAAGUGUUUUGCGAGAGAGAUUCUAGAUGACUAUGAUGCGAUUAAGUAUAUUGUUGGUAGGGAGGAUAAAGGAGACAGAGAAUACCAUGUGGAAUGUGAGAUAUGUGUUGAUGAAGGCAAUCUGAAGGGAAUUUCUUGUUCUUGUCUUAAGUUGCAGUCCCUUGGAACCCCCUGCUCACACAUCUUCUUUGUAUUGGGAUAUCGCAAAGAACACGUGCUUCCAGGCUGCUGUGUUUUGAAAAGGUGGACAAGGGGGGCCAAGAGUGCAUUUCCUCCUAUAAGGAAGAGCACCAUGUAUGACUAUUCCUAUAGCCUACAGAGGUACCAUGAGCUACGCAAUAUCAGUCACACUGCAUCCUUUGUAGCAUCUCGUUCAUCUGAAGCAUAUGAGCGGCUGAAACGUGCUCCUAUAAGGAAGAGCACCAUGUAUGACUAUUCCUAUAGCCUACAGAGGUACCAUGAGCUACGCAAUAUCAGUCACACUGCAUCCUUUGUAGCAUCUCGUUCAUCUGAAGCAUAUGAGCGGCUGAAACGUGUUCUGCAUGAGGAAACUGCUAUGAUCCUGCCAAACGGAGGAGAGAAUGGAGACAAUAGGUAUGGUCCGAUGCUGCCGCAAUGCCUGGAUGUUGAUUCUGUAGAGUCUAGAAAUGUCUUGGAUCCCAUGCAUGUUCUUGGCAGAGGGGCCUCAAAGAAAAAGUUGAAGUCAGUUUCAAAUAAGAAGAGAUCUAAGGUGAAAUGUACCCUGUGUAAGGGUGAGGGUCACAAUCGGCGAACAUGCUCCAUGAGAGAAGAGAGGAUCUGUACUUACCUAGAUAGCGAUCUAUCCCUGUAUUGUGGAGAUUAUUCUGAAGCAAGUUUCACCUGCAAGGCACUGUCUUCAUUAGAUAAAAAAGAGGAUGCUCUAGCUGCAUGGAAGCAAGGAUAUGAAAUCGCUCUCCGUGACACCACAGACUUGAAACAAUUGCUUGAGCUGGAAGAAUUGGUUUCUUCUGUUAAAAUUUGUGAGACAACCGAGUCUGCAGACCAUGUCAUGGACACAUCGACUUGUGAUACCAAAGUUGUUAUCUCUGAAGAUCGUGUUGCUGACAAGUCGCUCGCUGCAACUACAAUGGCUGAUACAUUUUUUUUUAUCUACCUCUUCUGUUAUUCCAAUAAGGUUCCAAACUACUCUUAG